AUGCAACUGCCUUCGUCGCUCUUUGACUGCAAUGGCCGUCAGCUCCUGUCCGCCUUUCAGACCCAAGCACACCACCUUUCAGACUCAAUCAUUGCUCAAGCCCUACACGAUGCGCUGGCCGCUGGCUGGUACAUCCCCAAUAUUCCAUCCCAUGUCAUGCGCAUGAGCACUCGCAUCAAACGCCGCCUCUCUCCGGAUAUCAGCAUCCAUGCAUUUGUCCUUAUACCCUUUGCGCAUGACACCAUCACCAACAUCUACAUCGGCGCCAUAACCGAGCUCGAAUGCAACCGCACAACCAUCCACGUGUCCCCGCGGCUCGUCCUCCUCAAGACUCUCAGGGACGAACUUGACAACGUGUCCGAAUGCGACUUUGGAUGGUGCCAGUGUGGUCUCUUGAAGUCGGGUGUCGACAAGGCAGUCAUGCGCGCCCUUGAUCUUCGCCUGCGACAGGACGACACCAAGUAUGAGCCGACCGACGUCCACAAAGCUCUUGCCGUCAUCGAUAUCGCUCUCGAUUACGUCCACCCGCCUACACAAUUCAUCCCAGAAUUCGUUGCCACCCCUUCCACAUGUGUCUUCCCCUCGUCGCCAUCCAAUCUCAGCCCGAUCCCCGCUAGGCUCCUCCCACCUGCAAUUUCUCCUCCGGUUCAUCAGGAUACAUCUGCGCACUCGCAUGUUGCGUGCCACUGCGGCCCGACAGUUCCUGGGGCAUCGCAAGCUAUCAGCCUCGAGUGGUUGAUGAGUAUGCUUCGCGGUGACAAGGAUUCGGAUGUGGAGGGAGACGGGGACUCUGGCGAGGAUGAAGGCAAGGACUAG